AUGGACAGAACCAAUGACAGCUCCCCAAACCACUUCAUCCUUUUGGGGUUUUCUGACUGCCCCCAUCUGGAAAGGAUCCUCUUUGUGGUCCUCUUGAUCGCAUACCUCCUGACCCUGGUUGGCAACAUAACCAUCAUCGUGGUGUCCCGGCUGGAUCCCCAUCUUCACACCCCCAUGUACUUCUUCCUCACCCACCUCUCCUUCCUGGACCUCAGUUUCACCACCAGCUCCAUCCCCCAGCUGCUCUACAAUCUUCAUGGACAUGACAAAACCAUCAGCUAUGUAGGCUGUGCUUUCCAACUCUUCCUGUUCCUGUGUCUGGGAGGUGUGGAGUGCCUGCUCCUGGCUGUCAUGGCGUAUGACCGGUUCAUUGCUGUCUGCAGGCCCCUACACUAUAUGACUGUUAUGCGUCCUGGGCUGUGCCGGGGCUUUGUUUCUGUAGCCUGGGGCUGUGGAAUGGCCAACUCUUUGGCCAUGUCUCCAGUGACCCUGGGAUUGCCCCGCUGUGGGCACUUCAAGGUGGACCACUUUCUGUGUGAGAUGCCAGCCCUGAUCCGGAUGGCCUGCACCAACACUAUGGCUGUUGAAGGGAUUGUCUUUGUCCUGGCUGUGGGUAUUGUGCUGUCCCCCUUGGUGUUUAUCCUUGUCUCUUAUGGCUACAUUGUGAGGGCCGUGUUGCAAAUUCCGUCAGUAUCAGGGAGACAGAAGGCUUUUAACACCUGUGGUUCCCAUCUCACUGUGGUCUCCCUUUUCUACGGAAACAUCAUCUACAUGUACAUGCAACCAGGGCACAGCUCUUCCCAGGACCAAGGGAAGUUCCUCACUUUCUUUUACAGCAUUGUCACACCACUCCUGAACCCCCUGAUCUAUACUCUCAGAAACAAAGAGGUGAAGGGGGCACUAAGAAGGCUACUGAUGGGGAGCAGGGAGGUAGGAAAGGAGUGA